AUGGGAGAUUCUGACAAAGUAAAUACAUUUGCAUUAAGUGAUCGAUCAAAUGAAUCAAGAGAAACUGAUCAUGGUGUACUAACACAAAGGAUUCUCAUGAGUGGUAUGGUGAAAUCUCAUCAUAGUCUUUUGAAUCCAGAACACAAUCAAAGAAAAGAAAUUAAUGAUUUUGACUAUGAGGGGCAUAAAAGAAAAUUGGACGAAAAAGUUUCAAAGUUUAGAAAACGAACAUAUUCGGAUGACGUCAAUAAAGUUGUUCAACAGAUAAUUGAAAUUUUAACUGCAAAACGAUAUAGAAGAGGUCCCAAAAAAAAUUUCGAAGUGGCAAGAAGUGAUUAUGAAGAACGACUUGGCAAAUCAGUUUCCAAAAAAGAAAAAUUACUUUUAAUUUUACCUUCAUUUCCUGUAAAGUGCUGGAAUCCUCUUAAAGUGGAAAGAAAAAUGCCCGACCUUGCCGAAAUACAGUGCAUAAGUCGCCUGUAUUUAUUGUGCAAGGAAAUAGAGCAUGUAUACGAACCAGGUGCAAAAGUAAUUUUAAUUGCUGAUGUUCCUAUUUAUGCUCCUAUUUUUGCUGAACCUCUUAACGUCGCUCUUCAAUAUAAAAGCGAAGUUAUUGGUUUUAUAAAUAAAUUAAAUAUAGGUCAAUAUAUUAUAAUGGGCGAUAUGAUAGAUUUAAUUGCCCAAUUUUCAUCUGAAUUUGAGGUUGCCAAAAGAAACGCGAAAAUUCAAGUAGAAACUUUUUGGCAUGAAAAUCCUAAUGACAAACAUCGAAUAAUGCUCUUGGAAAAUACACAUAGCAAUAUUAACCUAACUGCAUAUUCAAAAGAAAUAUUACGAGCUAUAUUUUUUAAUACGCCCUAUAUAAGAUCUGAUGAAUUAGAUAUUGCUAAGGAUGAAAUUACCAGACAAACCAAUAAAAGCGCUCUUGAAUAUGCAAUUUUACUUCAGGCAAUUAAUUCCAUGGAGCUGAUAAUGAAAUGUUAUCCUGACGGCAUUAGGGUCACAUGUCAUCCCAAACCAGGACAAUUAGGUUUACAUUUACUGUCUCCAAAAAGUUGUUUCAAUUUCCCCUGGAAUGGGGUUGGUGUUUUGAAAAAGAAUGGUGAUAUAAGAGUAUCACUUGAGGAUGAAGUGAAAAGAGAUAAAAGAUACGUCGCUGUUUAUAUAAAAAAUGAUUCUUUUCCCUUCUAUUAUGAAGAACAGUAA